UCCCCCGACGGCGCCCGGCCUGGCUGUCGGUCUGUCCCGCCGCCCGGCCAUGAGCUCCACGCAGUUCAACAAGGGACCCUCCUACGGGCUUUCCGCCGAGGUUAAGAACCGGCUCCUCUCCAAAUAUGACCCUCAGAAGGAGGCUGAGCUCCGCAGCUGGAUUGAGGGACUCACAGGCCUCUCCAUCGGCCCCGACUUCCAGAAAGGUCUGAAGGAUGGAAUUAUCUUAUGCACACUCAUGAAUAAGCUGCAGCCGGGCUCAGUCCCCAAGAUCAACCGCUCCAUGCAGAAUUGGCACCAGCUAGAAAACCUCUCCAACUUCAUCAAGGCCAUGGUUAGCUACGGCAUGAACCCCGUGGACCUGUUCGAGGCCAAUGACCUGUUUGAGAGUGGGAACAUGACACAGGUGCAGGUGUCUCUUCUCGCCCUUGCAGGGAAGGCCAAGACAAAGGGGCUGCAGAGUGGCGUGGACAUCGGAGUCAAGUAUUCGGAGAAGCAGGAGCGGAACUUCGAUGACGCCACCAUGAAAGCGGGCCAGUGUGUCAUCGGGCUCCAGAUGGGCACUAACAAGUGUGCCAGCCAGUCGGGCAUGACAGCUUAUGGCACGAGAAGACAUCUGUACGACCCCAAGAACCAUAUCCUGCCACCCAUGGACCACUCAACCAUCAGUCUUCAGAUGGGGACCAACAAGUGUGCCAGCCAGGUGGGCAUGACAGCUCCUGGGACCCGGCGGCACAUCUACGACAACAAGCUGGGGACAGACAAGUGUGACAACUCCUCCAUGUCCCUGCAGAUGGGCUACACGCAGGGCGCCAACCAGAGCGGCCAGGUCUUUGGCCUGGGCCGGCAGAUAUAUGACCCCAAAUACUGCCCACAAGGCCCAGUGGCCGAUGGGUCUGCCACCACUGAGUGCCCAAACCCAGGGGAUGCCCCCGAGUACCCCUCCUACUACCAGGAGGAGGCGGGCUACUGACGUACCCUUGUGGGUUGGGGGUGUUUUCUCUCCCCACCUCAUCGCCCCAGCUGAAUUUUCAGGUUUUUCCUCUUGUUUUUCUACAUGUCCUAGUGCUGCCGCCAGGGGUCUGUGGGGGAGGGCUUAGGGUCCCUGCUAGGGCAGUAAAUUUCCCAGCAGGCUCUGGGUGGAGGUGUAGAGGGAUGGAUAAGAAACCUGGGUCUCAAAUGAUUUCCUGUUGCUUUUUCCACUCUUCCCUUUUCUCUGCUGAUCAGUUUGUGGUUUCUGUACCCAUUGAAGUUGCUGGCAGUUUUAAAUAACCCCCCCCCCCCCCUCCAGGGAGAAAGGGGUGGGGAUAGUGAAGGAGGUACCAAGAGGGACUUAAGACCUCUGGGAUAGGGCCAGGCCACAGUCCUGACCUAUCUUAGGUGUCUUGAGAAUGAAUUUCCCCAACACUCCCAGACCACCCGCCCCAGCCUUCCCUGGGGUCCCACUGGGAAAGCGGAGGCCCAGGUGGGGCAAUGGAGUUCUGAGUAGUUGAGGCAAAGCCAGACCCCCCUCUCCUUCCCCCUCUGCCUGUUCCCCUUCCAAGGACUGCACAGGGACCUCCACCUGGAGGCCCUCCAGGGGCCCAGCCCCUGAUCACACCAUGAGAUAAUGUGAAAAACCAACUAUGGACCAAAGGCAAUAAAAACUUUUUAUGAAAAGAAGGUGGACACGAAAGCUGGCUUC